AAAAGCGUUUUUUUCUUCCUCUCCAAAGCUCCUCCUCUGCCGUCGGAGAGCGGAGACCGGUCACAUUUUUUGCUCAAUGAGAGCAAGAGGGCACCGGAGAGGAUUUCCUAAUUUCAACCUGCUGCUGUGCCGUGCGGCUGUUUUCUCGCCUCUGUCAAAGCAGAGGCUAAUAUGAAGACAUCAUUUGGCAAACCAGACCCUGGAAAGCACCUACAAUCUUCUCAACUCAUUUGAAACUAAAGACAACACCAUGCAUUGUCUCCGGUAAGAUCCGCACCCUGCUCUCCCCUCUUCUUACCCAGCCAUUGAGAGUGAGGACGCCACGAGCUUCACAAACAUGGGUUCAGAUCAACCAAGCAUGGGUUCACUAGAGAGAAGGCCCUUAGCGGAUGCCACCUGUAAGCGGCAGGCCCACCACUAUCUGCGGAAAAAGCUGAGGCCCGUGCGAAUCUUUGGGUUCGCCCUCAGCCUGGUGGCCGUAAGUGCUGUCUCCCUCAGUGCCUUGACCUGGAGCUCAGGGGGUUUCAGCGAGCCAGUGCUCCCACAGGAGAGUCUCCACCAGUCGGCCCCCCACCGGACUCUACUUUUCACCCAACACCAGAGGGACCCCAACGUGUCAGCCGACAUGCCAAUAGCCAUGAAAUCUACAGCAAAAAGCAAUGAGAGCCAGGGGGAGUACCCAACAGACAUUUUCAGCCUCGAGAAGAGGCGCCAAGGAGCAGUGGUGCUCCACAUGUUUGGCAUGAUCUACAUGUUCAUUGCCUUAGCCAUAGUGUGCGACGAGUUCUUCGUCCCAGCGCUUACGGUCAUCACGGAGAAGCUGACCAUUUCAGAUGAUGUAGCGGGCGCAACCUUCAUGGCAGCGGGCGGCUCAGCCCCUGAGCUCUUCACCUCCAUCAUCGGUGUCUUCAUCUCACACAGCAACGUGGGCAUCGGGACCAUCGUGGGCUCGGCCGUCUUCAACAUCCUCUUUGUGAUUGGGAUGUGUGCCAUCUUCUCCAAGGAGAUCCUCAACCUAACAUGGUGGCCGCUCUUCCGUGAUGUCUCCUUCUACAUCCUGGAUCUGAUCAUGCUCAUCAUCUUCUUCCUGGAUAACUUAAUCUCCAUGUGGGAAAGUAUCACACUGCUCUCAGCCUACGCCGCCUACGUCAUCUUCAUGAAGUGCAACAGCAGAGUCGAAAGCUUCGUGAAAAAUUGCCUGAACAAGAACCAAGUGGUCGAAGUAGAAGUGCAGCCCAAGGCCAGGCCUCGACUUCAGAGGGGGGGUAGUUCCGCCUCCCUGCACAACAGCUUGAUGAGGAACAGCAUUUUCCAGCUGAUGAUUCACACGUUGGACCCUUUAAGUGAAGAAUUUGCUGACUCUGAGCUUGGGACUUAUGGGAAACUAAAAUAUUAUCACUCAAUGACUGAGGAAGGGAAGUUUCGAGAGAAGGCAUCCAUUCUUCACAAGAUCGCUAAAAAGAAAUGCCAAGUCGAGGACAGCGAGAAGGCCAAUGGAGUAGCAAGCCGUUCAGAUAAGAACCUUCCAAACAGCUCCAGUGUGGAGGUGGAAGUGACACCACCCAUGAACGGAACAGCAGGUCAAGAGGGGGAGACGGCGGAGGAUGAGGAGGAGGAGGACCAGCCUCUGAGCCUGUCCUGGCCUGAGUCCGCCCGCAAGCGCUUCACCUACCUCUUAAUCAUGCCUAUCGUCUUUCCCCUGUGGCUAACGCUGCCUGACGUCAGGAAGCCGGCGUCAAAGAAGUUCUUCCCCGUCACCUUCCUGGGUGCCAUCGCCUGGAUUGCAGGCUUCUCCUACCUAAUGGUGUGGUGGGCUCACCAGGUUGGAGAGACCAUUGGGAUUACAGAAGAGAUUAUGGGCCUGACUAUAUUAGCAGCUGGAACCUCCAUCCCCGACCUCAUCACCAGUGUUAUUGUGGCACGCAAGGGCCUGGGUGAUAUGGCAGUAUCGAGCUCCGUAGGCUCCAACAUCUUCGACAUUACUGUUGGGCUGCCGUUCCCCUGGCUCAUGUGGUCCCUCUUCAGCGGCCUGAAACCCGUGACGGUCAGCUCCAACGGCCUCUUCUGUGCCAUCGUGCUCCUCUUCAUCAUGCUCCUCUUCGUCAUCAUCUCCAUCGCCGCCUGCAAGUGGCGCAUGAGCAAGCUGCUCGGCUUCAUCAUGUUCAUGCUGUAUUUUGUCUUCCUGGUGGUCAGCGUCAUGCUGGAGGACAAGGUCAUAACCUGUCCGGUGUCCAUCUGAGGACCUUGGAGGACCCACUUCCUCUCCCUCGUCACCACCACAACCACCACCAACACGACCAUCCUUCUUGUCUGCCAUCACUCUCACCUGACCCUUGUGAUCCUUGACCCCAGGAAUAAAAGAAGAAAGAGGAUGACUGGACAAGAAAUUGAUAUAAAAAUUUGGAUUCUACCGAUAUUUUCAGUAAGCAGGUGGUGGCAGGGAGGGGUAACACCAACAAGGGCACAAGACUUUGGCUUGGCUGCUUUUGCGUAGGCCUAACUUGAGUGGAUUUUUAUUUAUUAUUAUUUAAGUGGCAGGUGAGGGAGGGUUAUGGGUGUAUCAGCCAAAUAUAGAAGCAUUAUGCAUGCCAUUAGUGUCACUAGACGAGCUGGAAUCAAGACCACGCCUGGCAAGUUGAGGAGAAUGACCUCCUGUGAACUUUGGGGGGAAAAAAAAAAAGAGAUGCACUGUAUAAAACUCUUAAUAAUAAAUGCAGUGGCUGAAAUUGUGAGCACAUUUGAACACAGACGCAACCGCCAAGAGUGAAUAGGAGUUUGAGGAAAUGGCAGACUGUGUGGGUGAAACGUGUUUCCAGUCUGAUGGUAUCGAGCGAUGAGACUCUCCUGUGGGCUUUGCACCUGAGCAACAAGGGAUGGAAUACUCACCAGGCAGACAAACUUCUUCUUUGUUAUUUCUUAUUUGCAAAUUCAUCACUCGCUCAGUCCAAAUGAUGAGUUUAAGCUUCCCCUCUCUCCCCUGCCGGAUGUCAUUUUUCACCACUGAAUGUCUCCUCGGAGGAUUUUUUUUUUUUUUAAAACGUUUGGAUUCAUUUUCAUGAAAUACAUAGAAGUAGCUUUAGAUGUACUGUAGCAGUAUUAGUUCAUGUAGAGCCAUCUCGACAAUCUGCUCCUCUUUUUGCCACUGAACACACGUUCUGAUUGUACAGAACUUUUCAUGCUUCACACGCACCGACUGACAACGGCAAGAAAAAAAAAAGCCUAACUGAAGUUUAGC